AUGGACCUCAAGCCAGAGUCCAGAACCCAGGGCAGAUACCUCGAUUUCAUCUCAAAUGUUCCAGUGCCCAAGGAAGACCGGAAAUUCUUUUCUGCUUCCCUCCCUGUGUGCGCAGCGCAUUAUUUCCGGGACAACGCAUUGCCGCACUCGUACAAGCCGAUCCCAUUUCUCUCUCGAUAUAAAAAAGAAGAUACCGCAGAUCUGUUCUUCAAUACUACUAUCAACUCUUCCAAUACUGUUCCCCACCUUUUCGCCCUGGUUCGGAAGGACGUUCUGGUUCCAAAUCACGAAUUCUUCACAAAAGCUUCACUAAGAUGGCACGAGAAAGAUUUUGAGGCUACCAACUAUCCUCACUUGGUAGUCCUCUGCCACCUAAGCUCCGGUAUCAAUGGCUUCCCAAACACAGCACACGGAGGGUUGUUAGCUUCUUUGGUCGACGAAACGAUGAGUAUCUGCGCCGAACUGUUUCGAGAAUCUGCUGGGCUUACGGGGAUGAAUUUGUACACCGCGAAUUUGAAUUUGUCAUACAAGGCACCGGUUGUUACACCAGGGGUGGUCGUUAUUAAAGCAUCAUUGAUCCGAAGGAUAGGACCAAAGUGGUUUCUCCUUGCUCUUAUUCUCGAUUGUGAUGGCAAGGUUCUAGUGGAUGCCGAUGCCCUCUGGAUCGAAGCCCGGAAGGUGGCGUGCUUAUAA